GCUGCUCUCGCCUCUCUCCUCCUCCUCCUCAACGUCCUCGGCCUCCUCCUCCUCCUCCCCGCGCCGCCCCGCCCCCGGCUCGGCUCGGCUGGCCCCCCCCUCAGGAAGGGGAAAAAAGGCGAGAAGAGCGGGGCAGGCGAGAGGAGCGGAGCGGCGGCGGCCGGAGAGGGAGCGGCGGGCGCAGGCGGCGGCGGCGGGCGCGGCGUUGGCGGCGGCCCCGGCGGAGAGAGCGCGGAGCCGGCGAGCCCGGAGCACAGGCGGUCGCGCCGCGUCCUGGCCGGGCCUGGGCCCGCGCGCCCCGCACAGCCCGCAGCGCGGGCAUCGGGACCCUCUGGACGCCCAGGGGCUCCUGCAGGCUGGGGGAAGGGAGGGGGCCUGCGCGCGCCGGCGGGUGCGCUCCAAGGGGCGUCCCGGCUAGGCCCGGAGACGGCUGGGGGCGGCGGCGGCAGGAAGAGCCCCCUCUCCGGUCCGGUGCCGGACUCGGCCGCUGGCGACGCGGGGCGCUCCCGGGGAUUUACAACUCGCCGGAUCAAGUCCUCGCCGGCGGGGCCGCCGCUACUGGGGAAGCUGCUGCUGGUGGCCACUGGCAGGUGCCAGGGCCCUGGACUUUGGAAGCCGUCACUGCCCUCUCUGUUACCUGAAGCCAGGCCCUCUCCCCACCCUGCCCUUGUCCUAUACCCGACUCCCAGCCCCCUGCCCUUGCCUGCUGCCGGACCCUGGCAUGUCCAGGCCUGGCCCGCACCUGCCUGCCCAGCCCACAGAAGCCCGGCGGCCGCGAGAGCUAGGAUGAGGGGCCAGGCUGCUGCCCCGAGCCCUGUCUGGAUCCUCGCCCCGCUCCUGCUGCUGCUGCUACUGCUGGGGCGCCGAGCACGUGCGGCCAUUGGGGCAGAAGCGGGGCCCGGGGCCCAGCCGUGUGCCACGCUAGUGCAGGGCAAGUUCUUCGGCUACUUCUCAGCGGCUGCCGUGUUCCCAGCCAAUGCCUCGCGCUGCUCCUGGACGCUGCGCAACCCAGACCCACGGCGCUACACACUCUACAUGAAGGUGGCCAAGGCACCCACGCCUUGCAGCGGCCCAGGCCGCGUCCACACCUACCAGUUUGACUCCUUUCUGGAGUCCACCCGCACCUACCUGGGCGUGGAGAGUUUCGAUGAGGUGCUGCGGCUGUGUGAUCCCUCUGCGCCCCUCGCCUUCCUGCAGGCCAGCAAGCAGUUCCUGCAGAUGCGCCACCAGCUGCCUCCCCAUGACCCUGACCUCGGCCUCCUGGGUGGGCCCCUGGGCCCCGGCGAUGACUUCUCAGUGGAGUACCUGGUCGUGGGCAACCGCAAUCCCAGCCGGGCCGCCUGCCAGAUGCUGUGCCGCUGGCUGGACGCCUGCCUGGCUGGCAGCCGCAGCUCGCACCCCUGUGGCAUCAUGCAGACACCCUGUGCCUGCCUGGGCGGUGACACUGGUGACCCUGCCACGGGCACCCUGGUCCCCCGCGGGGAUGUCUGCUUGAGAGACUCUGUAGCCGGAGGCCCUGAAAACUGCCUUACCAGCCUCACCCAGGACCGAGGGGGGCACGGCACCUCAGGCGGCUGGAAGCUGUGGUCCCUAUGGGGCGAGUGUACGCGGGACUGUGGGGGAGGCCUGCAGACACGGACACGCACCUGCCUGCCCACACCGGGUGUGCAGGGAGGCGGCUGCGAGGGCGUCCUAGAGGAGGGCCGCCUGUGCAACCGCAAGGCCUGUGGCCCCGCUGGGCGCAGCAGUUCCCGGAGCCAGUCCCUGCGGUCCACGGAUGCCCGGCGGCGUGAGGAGCUGGGGGAUGAGCUGCAGCACUUCGGGUUCCCAGCCCCCCAGACUGGUGACCCAGCAGCGGAAGAGUGGUCCCCGUGGAGCGUGUGCUCCAGCACCUGCGGUGAGGGCUGGCAGACCCGCACACGCUUCUGCGUGUCCUCCUCAUACAGCACACAGUGCAGUGGGCCCCUGCGUGAGCAGAGGCUGUGCAACAACUCGGCAGUAUGCCCAGUGCAUGGUGCCUGGGACGAGUGGUCACCCUGGAGCCUUUGCUCCAGCACCUGCGGCCGUGGCUUUCGGGACCGCACGCGCACCUGUAGGCCCCCGCAAUUUGGAGGCAACCCCUGUGAGGGUCCUGAGAAGCAAACCAAGUUCUGCAACAUCGCCUUGUGCCCUGGCCGGGCAGUGGACGGAAACUGGAAUGAGUGGUCGAGCUGGAGCGCCUGCUCCGCCAGCUGCUCCCAGGGCCGGCAGCAGCGAACGCGCGAGUGCAACGGGCCUUCCUAUGGGGGCGCUGAGUGCCAGGGCCACUGGGUGGAGACGCGAGACUGCUUCCUGCAGCAGUGCCCAGUGGACGGCAAGUGGCAAACCUGGGCAUCAUGGGGCAGCUGCAGCGUCACGUGUGGGGGUGGCAGCCAACGACGGGAGCGCGUCUGCUCUGGACCCUUCUUUGGAGGAGUGGCCUGCCAGGGUCCCCAAGAUGAGUACCGGCAGUGCGGUACCCAGCGGUGUCCCGAGCCCCAUGAGAUCUGUGACGAGGACAACCUUGGGGCAGUGGUCUGGAAGGAGACCCCAGCGGGAGAGGUGGCUGCUGUCCGGUGUCCCCGCAAUGCCACAGGCCUCAUUCUGCGACGCUGUGAGCUGGACGAGGAAGGCAUUGCCUACUGGGAGACCCCCACAUAUAUCCGCUGUGUCUCCAUUGACUACCGAAACAUUCAGAUGAUGACCCGGGAGCAUCUGGCCAAGGCUCAGCGAGGGCUGCCUGGGGAGGGGGUCUCAGAGGUCAUCCAGACGCUGGUGGAGAUCUCCCAGGAUGGGACAAGCUACAGCGGGGACCUGCUGUCCACCAUUGAUGUCCUAAGGAACAUGACAGAGAUAUUCCGGAGGGCGUACUACAGCCCCACCCCAGGGGAUGUGCAGAACUUUGUACAGAUCAUCAGCAACCUGCUGGCAGAGGAGAACCGGGACAAGUGGGAGGAGGCUCAGCUGAUGGGCCCCAAUGCCAAGGAGCUGUUCAGGCUGGUGGAGGACUUCGUGGAUGUCAUCGGCUUCCGUAUGAAGGACUUGAGGGAUGCAUACCAGGUGACAGACAACCUGGUCCUCAGCAUCCACAAGCUCCCGGCCAGUGGAGCCACUGACGUCAGCCUCCCCAUGAAGGGCUGGCGGGCCACAGGUGAUUGGGCCAGGGUGCCAGAGGACAGGGUCACUGUGUCCAAGAGCGUCUUCUCCACAGGGCUCCCAGAGGCUGAUGAUUCGUCCGUGUUCGUGGUGGGCACUGUGCUCUACCGAAACCUCGGCAGCUUCCUGGCCCUGCAGAGGAACACAACUGUUCUGAACUCCAAGGUCAUCUCUGUGACUGUGAAGCCCCCUCCUCGCUCCCUGCGCACACCCUUGGAGAUUGAAUUUGCCCACAUGUACAAUGGCACCACCAACCAGACCUGUAUCCUGUGGGAUGAGACAGAUGUACCCUCCUCCGCCCCCCCGCAGCUCGGGCCCUGGUCGUGGCGCGGCUGCCGCACGGUGCCCCUCGACGCCCUCCGGACGCGCUGCCUCUGUGACCGGCUCUCCACCUUCGCCAUCUUAGCCCAGCUCAGCGCCGACGCGACCAUGGAGAAGACAGCCCUGCCAUCCGUGACGCUCGUCGUGGGCUGCGGCGUGUCCUCACUCACUCUGCUCAUGCUGGUCAUCAUCUACGUGUCCGUGUGGAGGUACAUCCGCUCAGAGCGUUCUGUCAUCCUCAUCAACUUCUGCCUAUCCAUCAUCUCCUCCAAUGCCCUCAUCCUCAUCGGGCAGACCCAGACCCGCAACAAGUACCCUCUUGCUCGCCCGCCCGCCCAGGUGGUGUGCACGCUGGUGGCCGCUUUUCUGCACUUCUUCUUCCUGUCCUCCUUCUGCUGGGUGCUCACCGAGGCCUGGCAGUCCUACAUGGCUGUGACAGGCCGCCUCCGGAAACGUCUCAUCCGAAAACGCUUCCUCUGCCUCGGCUGGGGGCUCCCUGCGCUGGUCGUGGCCAUUUCCGUGGGAUUCACCAAGGCCAAAGGGUACAGCACCGUGAACUACUGCUGGCUCUCCCUGGAGGGGGGACUGCUGUAUGCCUUCGUGGGACCAGCGGCUGCUGUUGUGCUGGUGAACAUGGUGAUCGGGAUCCUGGUGUUCAACAGGCUGGUGUCCAAAGAUGGCAUCACGGACAAGAAGCUGAAGGAGCGGGCAGGGGCCUCCCUGUGGAGCUCUUGCGUGGUGCUGCCGCUGCUGGCGCUGACCUGGAUGUCGGCUGUGCUCGCUGUCACCGACCGCCGCUCCGCCCUCUUCCAGAUCCUCUUUGCGGUGUUCGACUCCCUGGAGGGCUUCGUCAUCGUGAUGGUGCACUGCGUCCUGCGCAGGGAGGUCCAGGAUGCUGUGAAAUGCCGUGUGGUUGAUCGGCAGGAGGAAGGCAACGGGGACUCCGGGGGCUCCUUCCAGAAUGGCCACGCCCAGCUCAUGACUGACUUCGAGAAGGAUGUGGAUCUGGCCUGUAGAUCAGGUGAGCGCCUGACAGUGCUGAACAAGGACAUCGCAGCCUGCCGUACCGCCACCAUAACCGGCACGCUAAAGCGGCCAUCACUGCCAGAGGAGGAGAAGCUGAAGCCAGCCCACAGCAAGGGGCCGCCCACCAACUUCAACAGCCUGCCCGCCAACGUGUCCAAGCUGCACCUGCACGGCUCGCCCCGCUACCCUGGUGGACCCCUCCCCGACUUCCCCAACCACUCGCUGACCCUCAAGAAGGAUAAGGCACCCAAGUCCACCUUUGUUGGUGAUGGGGACAUCUUUAAGAAGCUGGACUCAGAGCUGAGCCGGGCCCAGGAGAAGGCUCUGGACACGAGCUACGUGAUCCUGCCUACAGCUACGGCCACACUGCGGCCCAAGCCCAAGGAAGAGCCCAAGUACAGUAUCAAUAUUGACCAGAUGCCCCAGACCCGCCUCAUCCACCUCAGCACAGCGCCUGACGCUGGGGUGCCCGCCCGCAGCCCACCCUCCCGCGAGCCACCCCCUGCCCAGCCUCCACCACCCCCACCACCCCCACCCCCACCACCCCAGCAGCCCCUGCCCCCACCACCCACCCUGGAGCCCGCACCCCCCAGCCUGGGAGAGGCCGGGGAGCCUGCGGCCCACGCAGGACCCAGCACAGGAGCCGGGACCAAGAAUGAGAAUGUCUCCACCUUGUCCAUGAGCUCCCUGGAGCGGCGGAAAUCGCGGUAUGCAGAACUGGACUUUGAGAAGAUCAUGCACACACGGAAGCGACACCAGGACAUGUUCCAGGACUUGAACCGGAAGCUGCAGCACGCUGCGGAAAAGGACAAGGACACGCCCGGCCCCGACACCAAGCAGCCAGAAAAACAGCAGACACCCAACAAGCGGCCCUGGGAGAGUCUCCGGAAAGCCCACGGGACACCCACGUGGGUGAAAAAGGAGCUGGAGCCACUGCAGCCGUCACCACUGGAGCUGCGGAGUGUGGAGUGGGAGAAGUCGGGGGCCACGAUCCCGCUGGUGGGCCAGGACAUCAUUGACCUCCAGACCGAGGUCUGAGUGGGCGGGCGGCAGCCACGCACUGGGCCACGGAGGAGGGAUGCUGCUCUGCCCGCUUGUGCUGCAGGACGGGCACAGACACACUCGUGGGCGGCGGGCCAGGCCCGCGCCCCGGCCUCAGGGCGCUCGGACGGCGGCCAGGCAGAGGGCCCACAGUGCUGGGGCCAGAGCCAGACGGAGGACAGGAGGCAAUGGCCCGGCCGGGGCACAGGGCUCCAGAGGCCAAAGGUGCCUCAGACUCUGCCCUCCUCGGGCUGAGCACCGGUGGGCAGGUGGGCGGUCACAGUGGACGGCGGUCACAGUGGACGGGCCCAGCGCUACUAGCGUCCCCAGGGCACCCGCCUGAGCUGCUGCUGCAGAGGACCAGCCUGCUUGGCCCGGCCGGCCUGGCACCGUUUUUUAGACACCCCCACCCCCUCGGGAAGCAGCCAGCCCCUACACCUUCCAGGGCCCUGGGCCCCCAGACCCAGCGGAGAGCACAGCCCUCUGACCCAUGUGGCCCCCAGGGGCAGGACUGAGCCCCCCUCCAGGAAGAAGUGGGGGGAAUCUAUUUUUUCUCUCCUUUUCUUUUCUUCAAUAAAAAGAAUUAAAAAUCCA